AUGAGCGCGGCUGUGGAUCCCAAGAUUGAUCGGCGCAUGAAGCGCGUGCGCCACAUUGUGUUUGUGCUCUCCGGCAAAGGCGGCGUGGGCAAAUCCUCCGUGGCGGCACAGCUGGCUUUGUCACUGUCGUAUGCGCAUUUGUCGGAGGCGCCUGACUCACGUCGGUUGCGUGUCGGCCUCCUGGAUGCGGAUCUCACGGGGCCUUCCAUCCCGCGUAUGCUGGGCUUGGAUGGGCAUGCUGUGCAUCAAAGUACCGAUGGCUGGGUGCCUGUGUACACUGACGCCUCGCAGUGUCUUGCUGUGAUGAGUGUCGGUUUUUUACUACGAUCGAAGAACGAUUCCGUGGUAUGGCGUGGGCCUAAGAAGCAAGGUAUGCUGCGCCAGUUCCUUGGCGACGUUCGUUGGGGCGAUCUCGACUACCUCUUGAUCGAUACGCCGCCUGGCACGACCGACGAACACAUCUCGUUGAUGGAAGCGUUGCAUGCGUACCAUCCGGUGUCUGUGCUUGUCACGACGCCGCAGGCCGUGGCCUUGUCGGACAACAUGCGCUCGCUGGACUUUACACGCAAGGUGUCUUUGCCUGUGAUCGGCCUGAUUGAGAAUCUCAGUGGCUACGUAUGCCCUCAUUGCGACGAAUGUACCAACGUGUGGGGCAAAGGCGGCGGCGAAUCCCUGGCGGAGCGCGAAGGCAUCACGUUCCUGGGCCGCGUCCCGAUCGAUCCAUCGCUCGUGCGUGUGCUGGACGACGCACGGGAAGAGGCAGAGCAGGCGCCCACGUCUGACGAUCACGCUCUGACGUACGCUACGAUUCGGCGGUACCGCCAAAGCCCUACGUUUGCCAUUUUCCAGCGCAUUACUGAACAGGUCCGCGCCUAUACCCAGGCCCUGCCUACCAAUGAAACGUAG